AGCCACCAAAACCACGGAGAAAAUAAACACUCCCAAAACCCACGCAAGGUAGCAGCGCCGCAGCCGCAGAAGCGAGGUGAAAGAGAGCCGAGCGCCCCAAACCCAAACCCCAGAAGCCCGGACCUAGGGUUCUGCCGCCAUGGGAUCCGUCGCCUCCGCCGCAGCGCCGCCGCCGUCUCCCCCAGCGCAGCCCCAAGCGGGCACGCCGCCGUAUGGAGUCGGACUCGCCGGGAUCCUCCCGCCGAGGCCGGAGGGGGAGGGAAAGGAGGAGAAGGUAGACUACCUCAACCUCCCCUGCCCGGUGCCCUUCGAGGAGAUCCAGCGCGAGGCCCUGAUGUCGCUGAAGCCAGAACUUUUUGAAGGAUUGAGGUUUGACUUCACAAAAGGGUUAAAUCAAAAGUUUUCGCUUAGCCACAGUGUUUUAAUGGGCUCCUUAGAAGUACCAUCUCAGUCACCUGACACUAUAAAAGUUCCAACUGCACAUUAUGAAUUCGGUGCCAAUUUCUUAGACCCAAAGUUAAUGCUCAUUGGAAGGGUGAUGACUGAUGGAAGGCUGAAUGCUCGUGUGAAAUGUGAUUUGACAGACAAUCUUACGCUAAAAGUGAAUGCGCAGCUUACCCAUGAGGCGCAUUACUCCCAAGGGAUGUUUAACUUUGAUUACAAGGGCACUGACUAUCGAGCACAAUUUCAAAUCGGAAACAAUGCAUUCUACGGUGCAAAUUAUAUUCAGAGUGUUACACCAAACCUAUCAAUGGGAACUGAAAUAUUCUGGCUUGGCCAACAGAGGAAAUCAGGAAUUGGUUUUGCCUCUCGCUAUAACACGGAUAAAAUGGUGGGUACUCUACAGGUCGCAAGCACUGGAAUAGUUGCCUUAAGUUAUGUCCAGAAAGUUUCUGAGAAGGUUGCCCUCGCAUCUGACUUCAUGUAUAACCACAUGUCAAAAGACGUGACUUCUAGCUUUGGUUAUGAUUACAUGCUUAGGCAGUGCCGUCUAAGAGGUAAAAUCGACUCAAAUGGUGUUGUUGCUGCAUACUUGGAGGAGAGAUUGAACAUGGGUGUCAACUUCCUUCUUUCUGCCGAGAUUGAUCAUUCAAAGAAGAACUACAAGUUUGGUUUUGGAAUGACUGUAGGAGAGUAAUUCUGCAGAAACCAUUGCUGUGGGGGCACAUGAGAUACUUGUGCAGUGGGCUUUGCAUGAAUGUCACAAUAUUUCAGGGCUCAGUUUUGAGUGAACAGGUUCUUGCCCUUGUGUGUCUUGGGAAAAUAUAGGAAUAGACCAUUGCUACUUUACAGAGUUUCUCUUUCUGUGUAUUGGUGGUGUCUUUUCAUCUGCUUGAGAUAAUAUGACCGCGGGGGCCAUGAUUCUUUGUUUUGGAUGGAACAAGCUUAAUAGCUUUGGAAUAAUGUUGCUUAUGCUGCUAGCGACCUUAGGUUUAACCCAAGGUCGCCACCAGCACAACAUUUUUUUUUGUGUGUACGACCAUCUUACACUAGCUGCAGAAAAUUUUACGCUUUAAAGCUCCUGACCAUCUGCCACAUUUACUGUUCUCAUGUGCGUCUGUUUAUAAAUGGCAAGUCAGAACAUAAUUUAGCAUGUCAA